GGAUAUACGCUCUUUUUUUUUGUGGACUUUUUUAUACUUUCUACGCUGGCAUACAGGGAAAGAAAGUCCAAAAUAUACAGAGAAUCAGAGGUAAACAGCUGUAAGAUUAAAACUAGCAACAUUGAAAGAUUAAUCACAGAAAAACUGAAACACCCAGAAAAAAACUCAGAAGAGAGAAACACAAUAUGGUGAGUAGCAAAGGACCUUUCCAAGACCCGUAAGAAAUAAAAUCGAAAAGAUUCAUCUCUACUCCUUCAAAAAUAUGAACACCCGACUACUGCAUCGCCACUGAUUGCAAAAACUUCUUGGCUGCGUAAGAGUGGAUUCUCAAAAUGAGGAAGAAUUUCUCCGCCGUAUCCCCGUCUCCGUUGCAAGCACUGUAUUUGCCGGAAGAGGUCAACUUCUGGACGAUGGCGAUCGUGGCGGUCGGGACGGGGUUUAUCUUCACCGUCGCCGUCUCUAUCUACCUCAUCUGCCAGACGAGGCUCGAGCAUCCCCCGCCGGUGAGGCCCCCCCGGACGGUGAGGCACAUCAGCCAGGGCCCCGACGCCGUCCCUCUGGGUCGGACCUUCACUAACGACCUCCAGACGUCCACGCUCGACUUGCGUCCCUCCUCGUAGUUUCCGUAAGUCCUGUGAGGAGCGAUGGGUCGCAGGAGAGGGAGAUUGUUGCUUAAACGAGGCUGAGUGAGAACGUCCGUAUUUCUGCCUGUACUCUUUUGCAUUUUUAACGUUCAUAUAAUUUUAUUGGAUGGAAAACGGAGAGUCGUCUUCAUACACAGGGACUGAUAAAACAUUAAGGGGAAUUACUGAUGCUAUAGUAUGAUAUAAAGAAGAACCAUUGUUGAAUCAAAAAAUUUAAGAUGUACAUUAUCCCGGGAGACGAUCAAUGCCAUUUACCUAGGCGCUUCCUUUUCUAAAUGUAUGUUCUCAAUAAUACAGGCUGCCAUGGCCUAUCAUCAGCACCAAGGGAGUAUUAAGUAAGGAGAAAUUGACAAAUAAGAAAGAAUUAACAAAAAAAAACUCUUGUUUACUACUUUUUUUAAAAUUUAAAAUCCUCUUUGCAACCUCCACAAAGAAGAAACAUAUACAAAGCUGAGUUUAUGAAUAAUUUAUUGUCCAUAAAUUUUUCGAUAUAUUUUGUUCCUGUAAAUCCAUUAACUUCAAAAUAAAUGUUA